AUGCAGUCAUUUUUUCCAAUCAACGUCGAUUUAUCUCAAUCUGUUAAUGUCUGUCUCAUUCUGUUCAUAUGUAACUCUCUAUCUCUUUCUAUCAAUAUAUCUAAUUCAUUUUCUUUAUAUCUAUCUAUCUAUCUAUCUAUCUAUCUAUCUAUCUUGAACAUUUCUCUCUGUCUAUCGCAAUCUGCUCAAAUCUAUUUUCAAUCUAUCUAUCUAUCUAUCUAUCUAUCUAUCUAUCUAUCUAUCUAUCUAUCUUGCAUAUUUCUCUAUGUCUAUCUAAAUCUAUCUAUCUAUCUAUCUAUCUAUCUAUCUAUCUAUCUAUGUCUAUGUGUACCUGAAUGUUCGUCUCGAUGGACACUUUCCCCGACAGUCUUUAUCCGAUAUUAUCCUGUCUUUUUUGUCAUUUCUCUCUCUCUCUCGCUCUCUCUCUCUCUUUUCUUCUCUCUUUCUCUCUCUUUCUAUAACAUGGCCUCUUUUCCUCCCCUAACGAACACGCAGCUUUCAUUUUAUAUUCUCGCGUUUUUUUUUUUCUUUCUUGUCUUUUUCAGGAUCGCAUUCUCGGAAUAUCUCCCAAUCUUUCGCUCACUGCAGGUCAAUCUCUCUCUUUCUCUUUUCCUAAUAAAAAUAUAUGUUUCCUCAUAUCUAUCUAUCUAUCUAUCUAUCUAUCUAUCUAUCUAUCACGUUGUUCAUAUCUAUCUAUCUAUCUAUCUAUCUAUCUAUCUAUCUAUCUAUCUAUCUAUGAAUCUCUUUCAAACACACCUUCAAUCAAUCUAUCUAUUCUUAAUUCUGUUCAUGUCUGUUUUUAAGUCUAUUCACAUCUAUCUAUCUAUCUAUCUAUCUAUCUAUCUACACACACGUGUGUGUGUGCGCGCGCGCGUGUGGAGAUAA